AUUAGCCAUUGGGCAUAACAGAGAGAGAGAGAGAUGGGUGAGAGUAGUGAGGUUGUAUUGCUGGGUACGUUUGGUAGUUCCUACUGCAAGAGGGUCGAGCUCGCCCUUAAACUUAAGGGCAUUCCUUACGCGUACGUGGAGGAAGACUUGACAAACAAGAGCGACUUGCUGCUCCGCUCCAACCCUGUCCACCGGAAAGUGCCAGUUCUCCUGCACAAUGGCCAUCCGAUCUGCGAGUCGCUUCUCAUCCUCGAAUACAUCGAUGAGUACUGGAGCCAUGCCCCCAAACUCCUCCCCGAGGAUCCUUACACUAGGUCGCAAAUCCGCUUUUGGGCGGACUUUUACGAUCAGAAGGUCAGGCUAGCGUCCUACCUCGUCCUCAAGACCAAAGGGAAGGAUCAAGAUAAGGCUCGAGAAGACCUCGCUGAGGUGCUGAGGGUGUUUGAGGAGGGCAUUCAGAGGGACUUUCCUACAAAAUCUCCAUUCUUCAAUGGUGAGAACCUGAGCUUUUUGGGCGUAGUGAUCGGUACAAAUGCUUGCCACUACCAAGCCUUUGAAGAGGCCAUUGGUAAGAUCACAGACCCACAGAGGAAUGAAUUGUUCUUCUCAUGGGUGGAUGAAUUGAAGGCACACCCUUUGAUGAGAGAGAAUCUCCCACCUCAUGACAAGCUGGUAGCCAAAAUGAAGGCCAAGUUCUUCCAAACUCCAAAGGUCGCCGUAUGAUUUGUAUUGUUUCUCACAGGUAGUAAUGAUACAUCGUGGCCAUCGCAAUUAGCCGGGCAUUGUGCUAUAUAUUGUAAAAUAGUUGAAUAAUACACACAUCACUCGUACGAUUGCACCUUCUUUCGUGAGAUCUACCUCUGCAUCUUCUGCAAAUGCAACCAUUUCCUAGCAGUAAGAUUUCCAGAUCAUCACAAACCUUCCUCUUUCUUUUAUGCUUCAGGCAUGUGGAUUAUUUUCCUAAGACAGUUUCUAAAUUUCCACAAAUUGUUCGCGCGAAAUCUAUCACAUGAUUGCCGCUCUUUCACUAAUCCAUACAACCAAAUGACAUUGUGUUGAAACAUGAAACUAGUGAAGAUCUUCUUUCUUUCGGCCAGGAAAUGCAUAACAAUCAGCUUUCCUCUGAUGUAAAGCACUCCAUUACUUCAAAGAACAUAAAUCAUGCAACAUAGUUUUACUUUGCUA